UCCCACAAGAUUCUGUCCCACUCCCGCUCCCGCCCGCAAAAUCCCGCAGGGUGUAGAACUGAAAUUAUGCAAGCCACUUCGAGGAAGCCCCAGGAGGUGGCAGUUCUUGGAAGACCCUUCCAGCUGGGGAUGCUGUAUGAUUGCUGUAAUGAUGGUCUCAUUCCAGGAACCACAACAGUAGCUGAAGAGAUAAAACAAAAGAGUGAACGUCUCAGCAAAGGGGUCCCCUCUGUGUACAAGGUUCCCCUGCGGGAGAUACACAGAAACUUAUAUGGAUGCAAGAGAUAUGCUUUUGGCAAAGAGAACAUCAGAGAACAUCGAACCAUUAUGGUCAUUGGGGCAACAGGAGCAGGAAAAUCAGCCCUAAUAAAUGGAAUGAUCAACUAUAUUUUGGGUGUUAAGUGGGAAGACAAUUUCCGAUUCAAAUUAAUUGAUGAGGGGACUUCAAAAUCACAAGCGGAGAGUCAAACAUCCCAUGUCACUGCCUAUGACAUUAAUUAUCAAGAUGGAUAUACAAUAAGCUACUCCAUCACUAUCAUCGACACCCCAGGUUUUGGUGACACAAGAGGAAUAGAGAGAGACCGAGCAAUCACUGAACAGAUCCGAACAUUUUUCACCUCCAACAACGGAAUCAGUGCUAUAGAUGCAGUCUGCUUCGUAACUCAGGCCUCACUGGCACGACUAACACAUGCACAGAAAUAUGUGUUUGACUCCAUCCUUUCCAUUUUUGGUAAAGACAUAGCAGACAAUAUCCGGAUGCUUGUGACAUUUGCAGAUGGACAGAAGCCCCCAGUUCUAGAGGCCAUCAACGUGUCUGGUGUACCAUGUCCGAGAACAGAAAAAGGGAUUCCUGUUCACUUCAAAUUCAACAAUUCAGCACUGUUUGCAGACAAUUCUCACUCAGUCUAUGUGAAAACUAGUGAUGAUGAAAAUGAGGAAGAUGGUGAUGACAACUUUGACAAGAUGUUCUGGAGAAUGGGUGUGAAGAGCAUGAAGAAGUUUUUUGUUGCCUUAAGAAGUAUGGAAACCAAGAGCUUGAGGCUAACUAGGGAAGUCCUCAAAGAACGUAAAGAGCUGGAAACUGCAGUCACAGGUCUGCAACCACAGAUCCGAGCUGGUUUGGCCAAACUGGAUGAAAUCAAAAGGACCCAACAAAUAAUUCGGAAGCAUGAAGCAGAAAUAAAUACAAACAAAAACUUUGAAUUUGAAGUAGAGCUGACAAAGCCAGUUCAGGUUAGUAUAGAAGGAUCUGGACAGUAUAUAACCAACUGUCAGCAGUGUCAUUUCACCUGCCACUACCCCUGUUAUAUUCCAGAUGAUAAGGAUAAGGCAAAGUGUAAUGCCAUGGACCCCCAAGGAAACUGCAAUGUGUGUCCUGGCAAAUGUAUCUGGAAUGUGCAUUUUAACCAGAAAUACAAGUGGGAGUAUAAAAAGAUGAAAGAGAAGAGAACAUCUAAAGAGCUUAAAGCAAAUUAUGAGAAAGCGUCUGGUGCCAAACUGACAGCUCAGGAAAUAAUUAAAAAACAACAGGAGGAAAUUCUGCGUCUUCAAGAUGAAGUACUGGAACUAAUGGAGGAAAUGCAAAGGUGUUUAGGUCGACUACAGCAAAUCGCUUUAAAGCCCAACCCACUUUCCACACCAGAAUACAUUGAUUUGCUGAUUGAGAGUGAAAAGGCAGAAGCUAAACCUGGAUUCCUGCAGCGAAUUCAGUCACUUGAAGCUAUGAGAGAACAAGCAGUGAUCAUACAAAAGGUCAUCAAUAACGAAGAACUUUUACCAUUCGAGGCAAUGAUGUAUAAGGCAAAAAGAGAAAGAGAACAAAAUAAAAAAUUUGGUAAGAGUUUCAAAUACUUCACAUUCUUCAAAGAGUGAAAAAGUGAGACUUUCAAACAUUACAAUCAUGAAUGAAAUUUGAGUGAAAAUAAAAUUUCAAAAGACAAGAAAACUAUUGUUGCCAGCCACAUAAACUUAUGGCUGCCACAUCUUUCAUUGAUUCCUCGAUUCUGUACUGCUGCUUACAUUAUAAAGUUAUGAUGUGGUGGCAUAUUGUGUUUUGUGCUAAAAUUGUUUCAGUUAUACUAAUAGUAAAAGCCCUGCUGUUUUGGUGCACAACUGAUAUUUAUUUAUAUGGGCACCUGAACCAAAAAUCAUCCCAUUCUUAAUGAGGGAGGCAGGCUUGGAUUUCCUUUUAAACAAUCACUGACAGUCAUGAAUCAGACACCUUAAAAUUGAGUGUAGGUACAUGUUGGCCUAAGCACCAAAGGGGGGUUAGUGACCCCACACACACGCACACAUAAACACACACACACAGAUAACAAGGGAGGCCAGCACUCCAACUUUUAU